UUUCUUAAACGUGUGCUUGAGCGUGAAAUUACGAGUUCUGGUUCAUGGUUUGCAUUUGUGCGUGUAACUUAACCUCUCUAAUGACCUAGAACGACGGAAAGGAGACACGUGAAAUAUAUUUAGUCCAGUUAUAGUAUUGCACACAUAAUCAACAAACAAUUCACUGUAACUCAGGAUCUGAAUGUUGAAGUCUUUUUUUUUAAAUAUAGUGAAGAGUUAAUUAUUUUCUAAACAUGAAGGAAUCAUCGGUGAAGAUCCUAGUCCGCGUGUUCACGUUAUUAUCUAUUCUACUAGUCAUCCUUCUAUUAUACCAUCAUGGUCAGACAUCGAGGAUCACUGAGGUGCAAGAGGUCAUCGGAUUGGAAGAUGUGCCCAUUCGCGAGGCGCCCGUCGAUGAAACUAUCAAUCCAUUCGAUACAUGGUGGAAAAACUACAGAAAGUCUGAUGAGUUUGGAGAUGUUUUUAAAUGGAAUCAUUAUUUUGAUAUCUAUCACAGACAUUUUGCAAGGUUCAGGAACAAGGAGAUGACUAUGCUGGAGAUAGGAGUGCGAAAUGGCGGCUCUUUGAAGAUGUGGCGAGAUUACUUCGGUCCUGGUCUACAAAUCUAUGGUCUAGAUAUUAAACCCAACACUAAACGAUUUGAAAAUAAAUUAGAGCGAGUCAAGAUCCUAAUUGGAGAUCAGGGAAAUGCAACAUUUUGGACUGAAGCACUGAAAACGUUGCCCAAGUUUGACAUUGUUAUUGAUGAUGGGGGGCACACAAUGAAACAAUUAAAGGUAACUUUUGACCAUCUGUAUGACCAUGUGAAACCAGAUGGUGGGAUAUAUCUCGUGGAAGAUCUUCAUACUGCUUACUGGAGAGGCUUCAAAGGAGGGUACAAAAGGCAAGGAACUUUUAUAGAAUACACUAAAGAUCUUAUUGACCAGCUGAAUGCAGAUCACAGUAAAGAUGAAAACCUAAAAGUGACAAAGUUUACAAGAAGCACACAAAGUAUGCAUGUGUAUGACAGUAUAGUCGUAUUUGAGAAGUCACCACACCCUAAAUAUUACCAAAUAAUGUCACAGUAAAUCACAAAAGAUGUCAGAAAUGUUGAGAGAGGGCUCAAGCUAGUCUAAUAUAAAAUCAUUUUUGAUCUUGCUUAUCUUACUUUUGACUGAUUCUCGGCAAUUACACAAUUAAACAUUAAAACAGCAAUUUUAAUGAUGUUAUACAAAU